ACGAGUAUGACCUUAAGUUCUAGACGGUCCUGUUCUUCCACCACGGUACCUGCUCUCGCAGAACGUUAUAAAUGGCGCUUGAUCAGUGCAACUCUGUGGUCUUCGUCGACUCUCUUAGUGUUCUCACAGCUUGAUGAAGCCGUUUUGACCUGCCGAUUCGGCGAUUACUAGCUUGAGGCUCUACCACUGGUGAAUCGGAGCUUUGGAGACAUAUAAUUCAGUACAGCAUACGUUCUCGCGACUUCAUUCCCGUCCUGCAACUGAUUGCGUGGAUGUCUGAUAACGUCAACGGCACAAAUGCGCCUGUUGGGAGCAGUACCAGGCCAAAUUGGACUCCGUCACUGGACGCUUUCCGUCCACUGACAGUCGGCCAGUUGCUGAGUGCAGAGCAGGCUCAUUCCACGGCGGAUUUCACGAUCGAUGGCAUCGAGAUUCGUGAGUUCACGAUAGUUGCCCAUCUUAUAUGUGCCCAGACACGCAAUAUGCAAAUGCAGUACGAACUCGAGGACGGGACCAGGGGCCGGAUCGUUGCCAAACAGUGGCUUGAUGGCGGGGGCGAAUGCCUGGAAGAGAGCGAUUCCGGGACGUGCUAUGUGCGCAUCCGUGGGUCGCUCGAACGCUUUGGCAGACAGCCCAGAAACACGAUAAGGGUCGGGCAGAUCCGCAAGGCCGAUGGACAUGAAUACUUGGCUCACGUUCUUGAGGUGUUCUAUGUUUCGCUGGCGAUGCAGUUCGGUUUACCACCUGAAUCUGCAUCACGGAGUGCUUCCCGUGGCCUUGUGCGAGAUGUCGCUCCACCUAGGCGUCUCACUCCCCCGCCGACGCUGGAUAUGUCCAUUUUGGCCCAUACUGAGCCCAUCUCGCGCACAACGGAAGCUGCCCUACCACAUCGACAGCAAUCUACUGGUGUCGCAGAUGAACCUGAGCAAGAGUCGCAGGAUGCCAGUAUAAUGGCUAACGAACGUUCAAUUGACUCGCUUCACGACUCAAGCUUUGAGGGUCCUUCCCGUACAAUCCUACGCGAUCCUCUUUCCCACCUGAAUUUACUGGAGAGAGCGAUUCUCCUGGUGUUACUUGACGCUCCCCCGAAUAACGACGUGUCUGUUGCCACUAUUGCAAGACGGGUUUCGCGCCAACGCGUUUCGGCAGAGGAGAUUGGCGAUGCCCUAGAUUCACUCUUUGACGAGGGAUACAUCGAACCAACUGACAUUGACGAACCCACUCGCUACAGUGUCACAUCGAAAGCUAGGAGCUUUGGAGUCCGAUACGAUGAAUUGUUUGAGAUCUGAUGGUAAUUGAAUACGAUCACUGAGGACCAUUGGGAAGAACUGUUACUGGUCUUCAAUGUACAUCUAAGCACAGAAUGUAUAUACAGCGGUGGAAAAGUAUACUGUUGCAGGUGGAGCGUGUCAGGACAUGGGUGGAGGUGUACAUUCGGCACUCAAGGUUCACGUUCUGGGGCAGUGUUAUAUCUCAUCUCGAGAGCCAGUGAUAUGGCCAUACAGCUCAUGUAUUUCUCUGGGCGGAAUGCGGGAUAUUCGAAGUCGUCUUGGUUGCGUUGACUUCUUCGGUCAAUUCUUCGGUCAAUUCAUC